AGCAUUUCUGUUUUCCAUGGAUUGAGCUUCAAUGGGUUCAUCUUCAUCCAAUCUGUUACCGAUCCCAGACACAGGCAGCUUCCCCGGAUUUGUGUUCUGCUGCUACCAGAAGGCUAAAGGCGCCGCUCUGUAGUAAAAUAUCCGGAAGCAUUCCUUAACAUAUGACCAAUCAGGGCGCCUCUGCUUGCUUUGGCUGUCAAAACGCGCCUCGAGGUUGCUCUUGAGAAGCAGCCACUGGUUUUUUGCGACUGGCCCUUUAAGCCUCCGACACCGCGGGCCCCGCCUCCUCACGGCCCCCAUUGGCUACUUUCGCCCUUCUCUUUCGCUUUUGAGCCAAGGCUUCUUUCUUUAGGCGCCUCGUCAUUGGUGGAAGGCCAACAGAAUAAGGGAUGGUCGCUCAAUGGCCUCUCCGAGAGUGAGACGAAGACACUCAUCCCCGCGUCGUCAUUUUGCUCAGGGAGCUGAUUGGACGCGGCCUCCGUUCAAGGAGGCAAGAAGUUCUCCGUCUGCCUUCGCCCGAAAACCCAGCCGUGUGUUCUUCGGCUGCCGUGCUAGACGGCGCGCUCACGACGCUCCCCCCGAACACAGAGAGCCUCCGGGAUAGAAACGAGGAACGGUGGCAGAAUGUCUCCAUUGGAGACACCCAUGGAGAGGUUCUUCACGUAUGACAAUGUCACCUACACAUACGCCACCAUGUUAGUGACUGUAUUGGACAAUGUGACGUCUGCACCUCUGACAACGGCAACAUUUUUUAAUGACACUAAUAUUACUGUGCCACAUAAGUGCUUGUUGUUGUUGUAUGAAGACAUUGGGAUGUCCAGGGUUCGUUACUGGGACCUUUUGCUGCUGAUUCCUAAUGUACUUUUCUUUGCAUUCCUGCUCUGGAAGCUGCCCUCUGCCAGGGCCAAAAUCCAUGCCACCUCCAGUCCCAUUUUCACCACCUUUUACAUAUUGGUGUUUGUGGUGGCAGUGGUUGGUAUUGCUCGGGCCGUUGUCUCCAUGACAGUGAGUGCCUCUGCCGCUGCUACAGUUACAGACAAGAUCCUCUGGGAAAUCACAAGAUUUUUCCUUCUGGCCAUUGAGCUGAGCAUGGUGAUCUUGGGCCUUGCAUUUGGUCAUCUGGAGAGCAAAUCUAGUGUCAAGCGUGUAUUAGCUAUCACCACAGUGCUGUCAUUGGCUUACUCCGUCACCCAGGGAACGCUGGAAAUCCGUUAUCCUGAUGCGAGACUCUCAGCAGAAGACUUCAAUAUAUAUGGCCAUGGAGGAAGGCACUUCUGGCUUGCGAGUUCCUGCUUCUUUUUUCUGGUGUAUUCAUUUGUGAUGAUGCUUCCAAAAACUCCUCUCAAGGAUCGUAUUUCUCUGCCAUCAAGGAAGAGUUUCUACAUCUAUGCUGGGAUUCUAGCUGUGCUGAAUCUGAUACAGGGUGUGGGCAGCGCUCUUCUUUGUGCAGGUAUCACAGAAGGUUUAUGCUGUGUCGAUGCCACCACUUUCGUCUACUUCAGCUUCUUUGCUCCACUCAUUUAUGUAGCAUUCCUGAAAAGCUUCUUUGGGUCUGAGCCAAAGAUCCUUUUCUCCUAUAAAUGCCAAGUGGAUGAGCCUGAGGAUGUGGACGUGCACCUCCCGCAUGCCUAUGGUGUGGCCAAGAAAGAAGGCCUCGAUUCCAGCUUCUACUCCAGCACCCAGAUUGACACAGCAGCAUACUUGGAUGAUGUGGCUUCCAUGCCCUAUCAUGUGGGCAGCAUCAACAGUAUUGACAGUGACCGUUGGAAAGCCAUCAAUUCAUAAAGCGAAUGUGGUUCCCUUUAAAAGGGCAGCUCUUCUCCGUCACACAUUUCCCUUUGGAACUCUACAAUGUGCCAUCUUAUCUCUUUCCCUUCUGUUGGUUUUUUUAAAAUAUUUAAAUUCCAUAUGAAACAUAGAAUCAGCAGUGGGUCUUCCUAAAAGGAUAGCACUUAAUCUUCAUGAGAAAGUAAAGCAUUAUUUCAGAAGGGUUUAAAUGCUGAACCUUUGUACUCCUGUGCAUUCCAGAUGCACAUGGAUGGAUGUGACUGCAACCUUUUAUUGGUGAUAAAACCCAUCAGCAGCCAGGAAGUUGGGGCUGUUCUGCAGAGCACAUAGUAUAACAAUCAGUGCAUAAGGUUGGAUGCAGCAUUUACAGACUGUUUUUUAAAGGCUUAAUAUUUCUCACUGUUCAUGUUCUUGACAAGCCUAAGCUCCCGACAGAAAUGUUGCUAGAAGAAAACGCUGGGAGAAACAGAGUCUUUCCGAGUUCUUGGGCAACUGCAGAUUUAUUAGGAACUGUAAGGUGAGAAAACGCUAAACAUUUUUGGUGGAAAGAGCACUUAAGAAUGAAUUGUGAAAUAGUCUAUGAAUUUCUCACAGGGAAGCUGAGACCCAACUCCCCGUGCACGUGCAUGCAUAUGUAUGUAUGUACGUACAUAUGUACAUAUGUAUGUAUGUACUAUGGUAAAGGAGGAAGGAAAGUUGCUACCAGGGAAGGUUCUCUGUGGAUCUUGUUGCUGUGCAACUAAAUUACUAUGACAGGUUGUCAUGCUGCUGUGAGUUUCAUAUACUGUAUAAGGACUAUGUUUUUGGAACAAAAGCAUGGCCAAGCAAGACUUGCAGAAUGAUGCUCUGCUAUGUGAUGCUAAGAGACCUGAAGAGAAAAUGGGACUAAGAGAGUAAGUGGAAAUGUACAGCUCAAAAACAUGCUGGAUUGGAAAGGCCAAAGGCCAGUAAACAUUUUGGUAACCUGUGUGUGAGAUAUUGUGAGUGAUGGCACCUGAGGAGAAUACAUGCUUCUGAUUACUUAGAUGUCUAGGCCGAAGCAGGGUGUUCGGUGGCUCGUGAGUGCUUAGUUUUAGGGUCUGGGCUCUUUCUAAUUCUGUCCAGCAUGCCUUACAGAUGAGAUUACUUCCCUGUGAACUCAGCAUGGGGUUCAUUUAUUUCUUCUGAAGGGAAAGACAUGUUAACCUGCCUUUUCUAAAACAUAUGCUGCCGCACGACUAGCAGUCCUCUUGACAGAGGUGCCAGUAGCUGCUCUUCGGAGCUCUCUGAAGCUUGUCCGUACCAUACUGAGUGAAGGACCCUUAAAUUUAAGUAGUAAUGAUAGCUGUGUUCUUUAUAAGAGAAAGCGGUAAUACAGGAAUCGCCACCAACUUACAAAGAUAAGAGAGGGAAAAUUAUGUUUAAACAAUAGACCUCUGCUUAUCAAAUGUAAGUAUAUUGUGUGGAUGGCCAGAGUUAGGAAAUGUUAAAUUUUUGGACUACAGUUCCCAGAAUCCCCCAGCUAGCACAUCUUUAGACUCUGGAGCUAGUGGCAUCUAGCUGAGGGAUUCCAUAAAUUAUAGUUCAGAAAAGUGAGUUUGUUAAGCUCUGGCAUAGCUUAUGUCUCAUUCAAUGCUCUCUCGCUGUCAAAGUAAGUGAAAAAAUGCAGAACUGGGGACACAUAACUUUUGUGUCCAUUGUUUACAUGGGAGUGUGUGGAUAGGAGGUGAAUGAAGUUGCAAUUGAUUGAAUUUAAACUUGCAGAUAGGCAGAUAUUGGGGAAAAAAGCAAGAACACAUAGAGGCUUCUUUCUUGCUGUUGCUGUUUUGGGAUUGAUUCAGUGCCAAAUGUGCUGUGGGCUACUAAAAUCGGCAGGAUGUUCUUUUAAGUAAAUUUCCCUGGAAUAUAGGAGCAAGCAGGAAUAAAAUGCCUCUCUUGUCCUCAGCACCAAGCAUCCUUUCCUUGUUAUGGCCUGAAAGUCCUGCCAAGCCAUGCCAGGUUUGAAAGGGCAAAAGCAUUGUGUUCAUUUUCAGAUUUUUAAAGUACUUUUAAAAAAAACACUUUUAUGAUAUCUGAGUUGUUGAUGAAUUGUCGAUGCAAAUCAGCAGAAAUGUUGCAGUGAUCAGCACUUGGCCUUUAGUUUGCUACUGUCUAAAUUAGCCUUUCUGAUUAUUUGAAUGUGCUACCACCAUAAUUCAUGCAGACUUGCUGCUGUUAGCAGCAUUCUCCUCUGUGGCAAGGUGACGUACGUACUGUUUAGGAUACACUUCCUUAACACUUAUGGUGCUGGCUGUGGGUGUCCUGGCAGAACCUCUGCAGCUCACAGCGGCACACAUACAGAUAUACAGGGUGCUAUAAAACAGAACCAGUAAAGGGGCAUUCAUUUACUAUGUCAACUGUCCAAUGACAGUUAUCCAGGCUAUUGUAAGACUACUCCGGAUCCUUUUUAUAGCGUCUUAGCUUCAUUGUAUCCUGUGAAAGGCAGAGAGGGCUCUACCCAUUGGAUGUGGUGCAUAAGGUUGGAUGGCAGUGAUUUCAUACGAGAUUUAUUCAAAUUGUUUCUCUCUUCACACUCCUGUCUUAGCUGGAAUGAUAGCAGAUUCUGCUUAGUAAUUAGAUUCUUUCAGCUAUCCAGCUCGGACAACCUUGACAACAAGACAGCUUUCCCCAACAGGGUUGUCUUGAGAUAUGUUGAGCUACAGCUUCUGUAAUUUGCAGCCAGUUAGGCCAAUAGCCAUGCUGCUGGGGGUUAUAUAAGGUGUAGUUCAACAUGAGAAGGACAGCUGGUUGGAGAAUUCAAUUGUUUUCAAUUCUGGGGUAGAUGCAAUAAAUACUGAAUAUGAAGAUAGAUUCCUCUGGGGGCUUGAAUCAGGGUAAAUCUGAAUUUGGAUUACUAUAUGCUAAGAGUGCUGUAUGUCAAAUGCCAACCAAUCAGUGAUCAGUUCUUUCAUUGUGGAAUUCUCAUCUUGGUGUCCCCUUUUCAACAAAAUGUUAAGCACCUUUUUUUGUAAAACCCAUGUUUGUGUUCUGCCACUGAGGAGUAUCUGCACUAACUCUGGCUUCCAAGCAUUGUAAUUUUUAAUGUAUAUAAAAAUAUGUCUCCAUGUCCAUCGCACAGUAUGGUCCAUGCGUAGACAAAUGUUUGUGUGGGUGUGAACAUACUAUGGAUGCUGUGUGAUACUGGAAUAGAAAUUUAAAAAAAUAAAUGAUGUAUAUUUUUUGUCUGUAAAAUAAAUGAACUUUGACAUAAA